AUGUUCAAUUUCUACAUAUUACUAGUUAUUAUUUCAGGGUUGUGGUGUGGUACUGGAGAGAACAUACUCAAAAAGAAGGCCGACAACGUCAAAGAUAAAUAUGAGCUUGUAGUUGGGUCGGCAUACAAAGAACUGGCAAAACAAGGAGCAUACUCAUCUGUAGUGACCAAAAUAGAAAAAGGUGAAGAAAUAACUAAUCCUGAUGAUCUAAAGGUCAAGGACGUGUAUGAAGCCUACAACAAUCUGAAGACAGAGUAUGAUGGGAUGUUAAACCUUAUCAAACUCGCAUACUAUGAGGAGAAACUUAAAGAGGCUGUAGAAUCUCAACCAACUUCGUCAAGUAGAGGUAGUCCAUCUGCGGGCACUAGUCCUGCUGGAGGUCAAACCUCUACUACUAAAUCGCAAAAUCAAUCUGCCUCUAGUUCAUCGCAAUCACGAUCUAGCCAAUCUUCAUCUCAGCCAGCAAGUAGUGGCUCUAAAAGUACUCCUACUACUCCUACAAGUGGAGGUACUCAACCAUCUGGAGCAGGUUCUACUCCUACAUCACAAAGUCAAUCACGAUCGAGCCAAUCUUCAACCCAGUCAGCCAGAAGUGGCUCUCAAAGUCAAUCAGUAAAAACUGCAUCACAACCGACAACUCCUUCAUCUGGAGCAGGUACCUCUGCUUCUCCUAGUGGAAGUACUCAACCACCUAAAGCAGGUGGAACAAGUUCUCCUACCACUCAAACUUCAAGUACACCUGCUUCACAAACUCCUACAUCACAAUCCUCAUCUCAGUCAACCGGGACUGGUACCAGUGCAGGUCAGGUAAGUAAGUCACCAACCCCUGAAUCACAACCAGAAUCAAGUUCAUCUGAAACUGAUCAAUCCAGUAGUGGUAGUGGUAGUGGUACUGAUGGAACAGUAGUUACGAAAUCAAUAGAACCUACCAAGGUUACUCUGGAUAUUGACUCCAGUCAGGGCACUAGUCAAUUUGGCUACUCCAAGAGUGAUAAAAUUAACACUUUCACCGUUAAGGAUGAGCAUGUGUUCAGUAAGGUUAAUAAGGGAACAGAUGCAGUUUGGGACUCUAAGGGAGGUGACUGUGGAACUAAGGUUAUAUUUAUUGAUGAGAAUAAGAAAUAUGUGUCAAUCCUACUGACAAAUAGUAUGUUCUUAUUAUUCCAUCUGGAAUCUGGUCAAUGGAAAGACAUCACCUCUACCAGACAUCAUAUUGACAAACUGAAAUUCUUCGGUGACUCUGAUAAUCCUCUCACCAAGAAUGAUUAUACAGUUACUAUCGCAGAUUACUCGUAUAGAUUUACUUUCAAAGCUGGAGUCAACUGUAGUAAGAUCAAGUAUGCAGAUGACGACCUUUGGAAAAAUACCGAUGACCCCGAGUAUUCCACAAUAACUGCGUUUGAUCUUGGUCUUAUAUCAAACAAUUUCUUUGUGAAGAAUAAAACUAAAUUUAAGAAACUAGAUUUUAAUCCAACUCAAGCAAAGGGAGGUCAAUCAACAACACCAGUGUCUGAAGUAAUCACUGCCACGACUGUUCCUCAAACUUCAUUGGCCAAGCUAGCUGAACCUGCUCCUGAAAAGGUUGCUGUGACAGUUAUUGCUCCUACUAAUAGACCUAGACCUAAGAAAACUCCAAAGGGGGCUACUGGACCUAGGACAGCUAUUACACUCAACAUAGCUGAUAAGGCAAGUAAUAGCGCAGUUGAGUUUAAAGAGGAUUAUCAGAAAAAUGUUAUGGUAUUUAGUUCUAAGGAGAAAUACGUAUUCAACAAAAUUGUUAAGAUUGAUGGCUCCGAGACAGUAAUUUGGCAGGCCAAGGAUCAAACUGAGCAUUUUCAUACAGUCUAUGUUGAUGGUCUCGGAACAUUUUCGAAAACUAAAAAUAUGAGUCUUCAUCUUUGUAACGGGAACUUUAUACACUUAAAUGGGUCUGACUCUGGACCCUGGAGUGAGUCUCCAGCUGUCGUAGAUCUUGAUGUAAGGAUUUCCAAUAGUAAUAUCAAAGUCGAUUACUUUCAGAAGGAUAACUUUAGGAUAUAUGUAGCUAAGCCUGGUUACACAAUCAGAAAGGUUAUGAAGUCCAAGAAAUGUAGCUCAGAUUGUAUCUGUUCACCCAAGGUUAUUUGGGAAGCACAAAGUGAACAUGCACUUAAGGUAGUGUUGAUGGGUUCCAAAAAAGAACCAAAACACCUUUCAGUUAUGUUGGAGAGUGGUGAACUUACACUGCUAUUCAAGAGUGGCAAGGGUCAGCCAUGGGACGAUGUAACCUCUAGCAGGAAUAAAAUUACUGAUCUCAAGAUGUAUGCUAUGGCUGAGGGUAAGAGCAUGGAGCUACAUAGAGGCCACUACUCCAUAACACUGUUUAACGAAUUUUAUGGUUAUUUGUUCCAUGAAGGAGUUGGCUGUGUGAAGGUUACCCAUAAGGGUAAGAACAUUUGGGACCUGAAGGAGGAAGGUGACUUUGGUUGCUUGAAAGGUGUCUUCCUUGAUUUAAAAUCUAAUAAGUUUAAUGUCAUGAAUGAUGAUGAUAGGUACUGGGUAUGUGAAGAGGUGAGGAAGGUUAAUCCUGUCACCCUCGACGUCAGCAGUAAAGCCAGUACUGACGACUUUGAUUAUACGGUCGAUCAUAACAGAAAAAUUAACAUCUACACCUCCAAGGGUAACGCAAUGUUCAACCAGGUAAUUAAGACGAGUGGUUCGAAUUGCUGUGGCUCACGAUGUUGUGGUUCAGAGACUGUGAUCUGGGAGGCCAGUGAUCCUCAAAACUAUGCCAGCAAGGUUUUUGCUGAUGGUGUAGGUGCCUGUAGCAGUACCAAAAACGUUAGCAUAUACCUUUUGAAUGGUGAUAUAUUGCACUUUAAUGAGGGUGAUAAUGUGUGGCAGAAGUCUGGUAACAAAAUUAUCCUUGACGUCGAUAAGACCUCUAGUACCAUUGGUUAUGACUUUGUCCAUCAUGGUGAGACGAGGACUUUCACUACAAAGCCUGGAUACCUAUUCAAAACUGUAAUGCUAAGUAGUUCGUGGACCUGGCUAGUGUGUGGUUCGAGUUGUUGUAAGUCAGGAUGUCUUUCAGAUCAUAUUUUUUGGGAGGCACAAACUGAUGACGAGUGUUCAACCAAGGUCACGGUGUAUGGUGUCAAAACAACUGUUACGAACAUUAACAUAUUCCUCAAAAAUAAUGAGGUUAAACACUUCCACAAAGCGGACGGGAAGUGGGUCUCAAAAACCAGCAUUGUUCUUGAUAUCGAGAAGAAUAAGGAUAAUGACCUAUUUGAGUAUAGAUCCACCAGAAACUUCGGUCAUUUCAAUCCUAUGGCAAAUUUGACAAUCGAGAAGAUUGUAAAAACAUACAAAUCUAAUUGUUGUGCUUCAGCAUGUUGUGGUAGUGCAUGUUGUGGUUCAAUAGAUGAACUUGUGAUCUGGACUGCUCAACCAGACGAUCAUGGUCUCAAGGCAGUACUGAUGGGUUCUGGUAAAGAUGAGAAAUUCCUGUCGAUUCUGCUGCAAAGCGGUAACUUCGUACUUCUUAGGAAGUGUGGUAAAGGUGAAUGCUGGGAAGACAUCACUCAGGAAAAGAGUGAUUUCUCCGGUAUUAAGAUGUACUCCCUUGAAGAAGGUACAUCCAACUAUCAUCAACUCACUGAUACUGAUUAUGAUCCAAUAAUAUUCGAGUCUAGAUAUGGCUAUGAGUUUAAAGAAGGUGUCAAGUGUGUUAAGAUCACAUACAAUAAUUCUAUACUGUGGAAUCAUACUGAUGAUCCUGAGUUUGGAUACCUGAAGGGUCUAUAUCUAGAUCUUCCUAAAGACCAGUUCAGUGUCACAAAUCUUAAAGAUCAGACAAAGCAACUUACCAAAGCUAAGAGAACACUUGUUAGCCUGGAUAUAGAGAACACUCAAAGUACGAAUCAAUUCUCGUAUACCGAUCAGAAUGGAGUUAUUACAUACAAGGUGAAGCCUGGCUGUUUGUUUGUUAAGAUAUCUAAGGGUACAAAGGAUGUCUGGGAAUCUAUUAAUAAUGUCUGUGGUAAGUUGGUCAGGACUAUGACUAUCAAUGGUGUUAAAUAUUUAGCAAUAUUGCUGGAUAAUAAUAUGUUCAAAAUCUUCAAAGAGUCCGAUGAUGAUUGGCAAGAUAUUACCAAAGAUAGUCAUGAUGUUACCAAACUUAAGUUCAUCGGAGAGAAUGAUCUUGUGCUUACGUCAUCAGACUACAAUGUCACUAUCGUCGACCUGUCAUAUACCUACAUAUUUAAUGAUGGAGUCGAAUGUAGGAAGGUGAAGUUAGGAGAUCUUGAGGUUUGGAAACAUAGUGACGAUCCUGGGUUUUCAGAAAUCAGGAAAUUUAGACUUGGUCUUAUAUCUAACAAUUUUUAUGUCCUUAAUAAUAAAAAUGAAUCAAAGAAAAUCGAUUAUAAACCAACUCCUGAAACGACAGCUGUGAUAACUAAAGUGUCUGUUACCAAACCAGCUGUCCCAACCAAGGUAACUCUGGAUAUUGAGAAGACUCAAAGUACCAGUCAGUUUGAAUACACUGAUCACAAUGGAGUUGUUACAUUCACUUCCAAGGAUAGUCACCUGUUCGAUAAGGUAUCUCAGGGUACCACUCUGAUCUGGGAAUCUAAAACUGAUGUAUGUGGUACCUUGGUUAGGACUAAGACUACCAAGGGUGUUAAAUACCUUGUUGUACUACUGACAAAUAAUAUGUUCACAUUAUUCCAUCUGGAGGAUGAUGAGUGGAACGACAUCACUUCUGAUAGACAUGAUGUUACUAAUCUUAAGUUCCUUGGUGAGAACGAUGCUGAGCUCUCCAAGACUGACUACACAGUAACCAUAGUCGAUCUAUCCUAUACCUUCUUAUUCAACACUGGAGUCAGCUGUAAGAAGGUGAAGUUAGGAGAUGACGAGGUUUGGAAAGAUACUGAUGAUACCAAGUUUGCUGAUAUAAAGUCAUUUUCACUUGGACUUGCCUCAAACAGUUUCUUCGUUAAGAACCAAUCUGAUGAAGUCAAGAAGAUAGAAAAGAAGGCUGAGGCUCCAGAACCCACUCCUCCAGAAGAUACAGCUCCUGUCACUACACCAGUCACUGCUCCAGAACCUACACCUGUCACACCUACUCCAGAAGAGACUGCUACAGAGACUAAGCCCGAGGAGGAACCUGAAACUCCACCAGAAGCUGAGGAACCUGCUCCUGAACCACCUGUCACUGAGACUCCUCCAGUUACUAUUCCAGAGACUAAACCUGUCAUUUCACUUAAAGCUCCUGAACCUGAAGCUGAACAAGUCGUUACUCCCGUGGCCAAACCCUUUGCCCUUGAUAUUGAGGAGACUGAGAGUACUAAUGAGUACGACUACAGUGAUAAGAAUGGAGUUGUCACCUACAGGGUUAAGCCUGGACAUGGAUUCAAUAAGGUUACUCAAGGUAUUUGGGGUAUUUGGGAAUCCACUGAUCUUUAUGGCAGAUUGGUUAGGACCAAGGUAUUCAGUAAUAAUGAAAGAUUUUUGGCCAUUAUAUUUUAUAACAAUACUUUCAACCUGUUCCGUAAGUCAGAAGGGAGUAAUACUUGGAAAGACAUAACCGACAAGAGACUCUAUGUCACCAAAUUGAGGUUCCUAAGUCAUAGUGAUCAUGUAUUGACGAAUGUUGACUUUACAGUUUCCUUUGUUGACUUCUUUUAUAGCUUUAACUUUAGAAAUAUAUCCAAGUGUCUCAAGGUUACGUAUGGCGAAAAUGUUGUUUGGAAACACACUGACUAUUUCGAUUUUUCAGACAUAACUACAUUUUAUUUCGGUAUCAUUUCAAACCGUUUCUUUGUGAGGAACCGAUAUGGUCGAUUUAUUAAGUUAGAAAAGGAACUUGAGGCUUCCAGGACUGCAGUGCCUACUCAACAACCUGCACAGCCUGUCAAACAACAAGCUGAAGAAUCCACUGAAGCUGAAGACUCGUCACCUACAACGCCUACAGACUCUGCCAAACAACAAGCUACGCCUGAAGAAACUGCAGAACCCAAUCAGUCUGCAGAGCCUGUCUCCUCCGAACAAUCUACCCCUCCUACUUCAAUUCCUGUACCCAUUGAAUCCAUCGAACAAUUCGACCGGGUCACAGAAGCGUACGAUAACCUAUCAAAACUCGAUAAAUACAAACAGCUACUAAAUUCAGCACAAGAAAAAAUAGCAGCAGGCCAUUCUGCAUCAGGACUAUCAGAAUCUGAACCUGUGGUCAAAGAUGUGUAUGAUGCCUAUACCAAUCUCAAAGAUCUAUAUAACAAGAUAUUAAACUUUACUAAAAUCUCCCACUACUCCACACAACUAGACAUUGCAAUCAAUACUUCUAGCGUUAAUGCCAAGGAUGUAAUAACUAACUUUAAUGCAGUCGCUGCAGUCUAUAACCAACUAGACGAACUUAAUAAGUACAAUGGUAACUUAAACGGUAACAUUGUUGACACAGCUCAGAAGCUCAGUGCUGGAGAGAAGGCCGGAUACGAAUGGGACACCAGCGAGAAUAAGCUCAAAAAUACCGAUGAUGAAGACAGGCUCAUCCAAAACAAACGGCAAAAAUACAGGUGCAUUAUUGUUCCUUCCAUGCUGACUAUGUGGUCAACCAAUUUCAACACCGGUAGCAGCAGCCAAAGUCCUCAAGGUCGUCUAACCGCUGGUACCAAAUUCAGUAAUCUAAAUAAUGAUGAUGAAGGUGCUCGGGCCAAGAACCUCUGGCACAUUCAGCCUCCUGAUAAGAUUGAGAUGGUACUACUGAUAGCCACAUUCUUUCCACCAGUAAUUGUUGCCCUUCUUAACAGAGGAGUAUUUGGUCCUGAUGCUAAAGCCCGUUCACCUAAAACAUGUCCCGAUAAAUCUGGAGGUGGCAUGGGUGGCUGGAGAAAAUACACACCUCAAUAUUGCGGUUCUUCUAGUACUGAAUCAUAUUCAUAUACUCAUUUCAUUUUAGAGAAUCACAUAGUUACUGAUGAAGUUGUUUUGUUACCAAUGCAGCUGAUAUAUGCAUUACUUAAGGUACUUCUUGACUUCUAUUCUGUAUGUUACAUCACUGAAUAUGAGAAGAAUGACCCUUCAGAGUGUCCCACAGAAGGAAUGACCAGAUGA